ACACCGUCGAGCUUCCUGCUCAUUCCAUUCCGGUCGCAAUCCACCCUCAAUUCGCCAGAGUUCUCCAGCAGACGUCUACAAAAAACACCCGUAUCCUCGUUCCUCCGCCUCCUGCUGCCAGAAGCACUGCAGCUGUGCAAGGCCGUCCCAACCGACCGGGACCCUACACCCUGACCCUCCUCUGGCGCUAAACUACAGAGCAAACCCCCCAAACAAGGCGCCUGUUCGUGGCCUCUUCAGGGUACCCAGCGGGGGAAAUUUUUUUUUUAUUGAUAAUACCUACAUAAUUCCACUCUGUUUUUUUCGAAAGGAGGCAUUUCUUUUACAGAGCGAAACAAUCGGGAAGCUCGCUUUGAAGCGGAGGGUUGGCGUCACCAGGCUGUAAACAGUGGGAAAUACCAUGGCGAGUGCAACACAGCAUCCGAAUCUCAACCUGACGGCGGAGGAGAAGCGCGUCUUCUACCAGCUCUUCCAGGCGGCCGACACGACGAACUUGGGCGUUAUCACGGGCGAGAUCGCCGUGCCUUUCUUCGAGAAGACGAAGCUGCCGCCGGAGACCCUCGGUUUGAUCUGGCAGAUCGCCGAUAGAGAAAACAGGGGCCUGUUGACUCCUUCCGGGUUCAGCGUUGUCUUGCGCCUGAUCGGACAUGCACAAGCCGGUCGUCCGCCGACAGAGCAGUUGGCGCUGCAGUCCGGCCCGCUACCUCGCUUCGAUGGCGUCUUGGUCGAUGCGACGCCCGCUGCCCCGAGUUCUCGCGCGUCCGAGGGCGCAACCAGCCCUCCGCCCCCCCCGGCUGGUUCGGUUCGAGUCCCCCCCUUGAAUCCCGACGAUGUGAACAAGUUCUCCUCGCUCUUUGACAAGUCGGACAUCAAGAAUGGCUUGAUUUCAGGCGAAAUCGCCAAGCAGAUCUUCGAGCGUGCAAGGCUGCCAAAUGAGAUCCUAGGUCGGAUCUGGUACCUGGCGGAUACUAAACAGCGCGGCGCUCUGGAUGCAACAGAGUUCAUCAUCGCCAUGCACCUGUUGACCGCGUACAAGUCCGGUGCCAUGCGAGGCAUCCCACAGAUACUCCCGCCGGGCCUGUAUGACGCGGCUACGAGGCGAGGCAACCUUCGCUCGUCCGUCGGUUCCCGCUCGGGACUGGAUGUCCCUCCAGUGCCCGCUAUUCCCAAGCAAUUUACCGGCCCGACUCCGCAACGGACGCAAAGCCCCAUCAGCCGGCAGCCGUUCACGUCACCCUUGUCGGCGCAGUCGACAGGUGGCGGAGACUUUUGGUUGAUCACUCCGCAGGAAAAGGCUCAGUUCGAUACCAUCUUCGCCACGGUAGACACGGCCAAAGCCGGAAUGAUCAAUGGCGAACAGGCGGUUGGCUUUUUCAUGAAUGCACAGCUGCCGGAGGAAACCCUGGCCCAGAUCUGGGAUCUGGCAGAUAUCGACGCCGACGGUCAGCUAACCAGAGAUGAAUUCGCUGUCGCCAUGUAUCUGGUGCGACAGCAACGUACUGGAAAGGAGCCUCUCCCUCAAGCCAUCCCUUCUGCCUUGGUGCCUCCCAGCAUGCGCCGCCAGACCCUCGCGCAGAGGGCGGUACCAGCCCCAGCAGCUGCUGCUCCAGCCCCAGUUCCAGCGCCUGCUGCUGCUCCUCCUCCCCCUCGCUCGGCCGCUGAGGAUCUUUUCGGUCUUGAUGCGUUCACUGCGCCGGCUCCGGCUCCUGCAGCGCCCUCACAGAUUCCUCAAUCGACGGGAGGCUCCAACACGCCUUUCCAGGUCCCAAGCUCUCCCACGUCUAGAGUCUCCCCCCAGGCUGUUUCGACCACCUUCAAGCCCUUCGUGCCCAGUUCAUCUUUUGGACAAAGUCUGCAACCUCAAUUCACCGGUGUAUCUUCCGUCGCCUCUCCCCUGCAAGCGAGGUCGCCUCCUCUGCCUUCAGAUGACCUUCUCGGGGAUAACGACCCGGAGGAAUCCAAUAAGCUCACCCAAGAGACCACGGAGCUGGCCAAUCUCUCGAACCAGAUCGGUUCGCUCGCGAAGGAGAUGCAGAACGUCCAGGAGAAGCGGACGUCUGUAGAGCAGAACCUCUCUCAGACGUCGCAGCAGAAGCGCGACUUUGAGAUGCGCCUGGCGCAGGCGCGCGCGAUGUACGAACAAGAAGUCAAAAGCUUCAAGGUGCUCGAGGAACAGCUGAAUGCUUCUCGUGCCGAGACCACAAAGCUCCAGUCAGAAUACGCUCUCAUCGAUGGAAGCCGACACGAUCUUCAGACGCAGUACAACCAGGUGGCUGCUGCCCUGGCUGCCGACCAACAGGAGAAUGCCAGUUUGAAGGAGAAGAUCAGUCUGGUCAAUGCCCAAGUCGCCCAGCUCAAGCCCGCCCUCGAAAAGGCACGCUCCGAAGCGCGUCAGCAGAAGGGCUUGGUGGCCAUCAACAAGAAACAGCUCUCCACCCAGGAAGCCGAACGGGACAAGGUUCAGGGCCAGAUUGACGAACUGGCCAGGCCGGCUCCAGCAGAGACCGAAGAGGCUGCCGUGGCUUCUCCAGUGAAUCUCGCCAGCCCCGCUGCAUCAACUACUAGUCAGAACACCAACCCGUUCUUCCGCCGGGCACCGACUGCGUCAAGUGAGAAUGUUGUCUCGCCCGAUACAGCGGCAUCGGCGGACCAGCAGCGAACCUUUGAUAGCCUCUUCGGGCCAUCCUUUGGGUCGCCGUCGACCGCCACUCCGCCGCCGCCGACUUCAUUCCGAGCCGAAUCUCCUUUAGCGCAGAGGCCUGUCACCUCGGGGGCUCCAUCCCCGUCCGUCUCUCCUCCUCCCCCGCCCCUGUCCAGGCAGGCUACCCCGGGCUUCCUCCCCUUUGGUGAACAACAAUCGGCCACUUCCUCGACCCAAGUCUCUCCGCCUGCCAGUCGGUUUGGAGGUGGAGGAGGAGGAGGAGGAGGAGCUGAUACCUCUGGCUUUGGAACGCCGAUGCAAGCUAGUACCAUCAAUCUUGAGUCCCAAUCACUACCAGCAGCAGCAGCAUCAGCUGCCGCUACUUCUCCAUUCGACGAGCUGCUGCAGGACGACGCCACAAUGCGAUUCCCUGAAGUCCCUGGCGGGUUUCCCGAGUCUGGAACCCCCCCACCCAUCACCACCACUCAAGCCGCCCCUGCCCCUGCCUUGAGCACUCAAGCGACAGGGGACCAGCAGGUGGAGAAGAAGGACCUCAGCUUUGACGAACUCUUCGGUGGACCGGCGCGGCAAAGGUCGCAGUCGCAGCAAGCGAAUGACUUCCACGAAGCCUUUGCCGUCAUGAAGCAUAACACGGGGCCCUCCAGUCAACCUAACGGGACGAUGGCGACGACGGCGGCAGCCGCAGUAAAUGGCGGGGACACUGAAUUCCCGCCAAUUCAGGAGUUGGACGACGGCUUGGACGCGGACGAUGACAGUUCCGAUAGUGACACCCAUCUGGGAUUCGAUGAUGACUUCGCCCCUACCUCCCCCCCUCGCGAUGAAGACGGGGCGAAAGUCAAUAGCCUCGACCUCUCCCAGCUGAAUGCAUUCCCCGCCCCCGGCACGUCUCUGCCCCUAACCUCCCCUACCAAGACACCUCCUGCUCCGGACGCUCAGCCCAGCCCGCCCAACUACGACCAGAGCGUAUCCGCACAGCAGCCCGGCGAUUUCCCCCCGGAGUUCACCGGCCUGUUGCCGAGCCGUGCCGACCCCACGGCUGCCCCGGACGCCCCUCACUCAGUUGAUUCAACAACGGGAGUUCCUGUGGUUGGUGGCGAACCUCAGCACAACGAGACUUCGACGAAGGCUAAUGCCGCCGCGCCGGAUUUUGAUGCCGCCUUCGCCGGCUUGGAUCUCGCCCCCGCCAAGGAAGCCGAAGACGACGAGGACGAGGAGGAGGAGGAGGACGACGACGAGGACGCCCAGUACACCAAGAACACGUCCGAUUUUGACUUCACCUUCGACUCGCCCUCCCAGCCGAAACCGGUGACUGCCUCUACCGCCGCGUCUGAUUUCUUCGCCUUUGACCAAACCGUCGUCCCUUCUGCCUCCACCGCCGCCGCGGAUCCUAGCACCGCCGCCUCCAAACCCGCCGCGCAUGACUGGGAUGCUCUGUUCGCGCCCCUCGAGACUGCCAACGGGGCUGCCCAGCCCGAGGCCUCCGAACAGGGCGACAGCAAGGUCCCUGGGUGGGCGCUCGCUGCCGACCCUGGCGAAGACGACAUGAUUCUGCAGAAGCUCACCGGCAUGGGCUUCUCGCGGGAUGACGCUGUCGCGGCCCUAGAGAAGUUCGACUACAACAUUGACAAGGCCUCCAAGCCAUAAACUAAUCUGCGACUCUUCCUUUUUCUUUCUUUCUUUCUUUCUUUCCCUUUCCCCCCCCUCUUCUCCGUCGCUUUUCUUGUCACACCCCUACCAUGCACAUAUAUCAAUAUCUCAUUUCCCUAG